UUAGUCCAGGACAUCAACAUUUCCCUGUGGCGAACACCAGAAGAUGUGAGGUCGGACAAAAGCAUCUUCAAAAAUCAGGGCGAGUGGGAGCUGGUGGGGGUGUUCACCCAGUUCCAGGAGUUCAGUCUAGAAACCAGUAACAGCUAUGCAGAAAUGAAGUUCUAUGUGGUCAUUCGCCGGCGGCCUUUAUUCUACGCAGUCAGCCUCUUACUGCCCAGUAUCUUCCUCAUGGUCGUGGAUAUUGUGGGCUUCUGUCUGCCCCCGGACAGUGGUGAGAGAGUCUCUUUCAAGAUCACGCUCCUUCUGGGAUACUCAGUCUUUCUCAUCAUUGUGUCAGACACACUGCCAGCAACCGCCAUCGGCACUCCCCUCAUUGGUGUCUACUUUGUAGUGUGCAUGGCUCUGUUGGUGAUAAGCCUCGCUGAGACCAUCUUCAUUGUGCGGCUGGUGCAUAAGCAGGACCUACAGCGGCCAGUACCUGACUGGUUGAGGCACCUGGUCCUAAACAGAAUAGCCCGGCUGCUCUACCUUGGGGAGCAGCCCAUGGCCCAUAGGCCCCCAGCCACCUUCCAAGCCAACAAGACUGAUGACUGCUCAGCCAUGGGAAACCACUGCAGCCAUGUUGGAGGACCUCAGGACUUGGAGAAGACCCCAAGGGGCAGAGGUAGCCCUCUUCCACCACCAAGGGAGGCCUCACUGGCUGUGCGUGGUCUCUUGCAAGAGCUGUCCUCCAUCCGCCACUUCCUGGAGAAGCGGGAUGAGAUGCGGGAGGUGGCAAAGGACUGGCUUCGAGUGGGGUAUGUGCUGGACAAGCUGCUGUUCCGUAUCUACCUGCUGGCUGUGCUGGCCUACAGCAUCACCCUGGUCACGCUCUGGUCCAUUUGGCAUUAUUCUUGAGUGGGCACAGCCUGGUAGGGAGAGGUUAUGGGGCUGGUUAGGGUAAGGAUGGGGGAGUUCCCCCUUAGGUCCUGCAUCUUGUUUCCAACACCAAUUCAUCUGAGCAACCCCAAUCCCCUUGUCCCCUAAACUUAGUGCUGAAGACCUAGUCUGCCUUCCUGACUUCCCUAUCAUGCUUGAUAUUCUAGAUCAAGAGAAACCACGCACCUUCUAACUUUACUUAUCAAGGCAUCAAGCCCUGGUUUCCUUUCCAGUACCUCUAUGAUUACGGACGCUGGAAUUGCUCAUUUCCACACAUUUUUUUUUGAUCAAAGAAAAGCAAAUCUUCUCAUUCUGCAUUUAUUUUAUCUAGCUCCUAAUAGCUCCAUCUUCAGGUCACCUCUGGGCACUUUCCUAGUACUCAGCUUCAUCUGCCAGUGUGGGCAGGGGAUAAUAAAAUGCUAUGGUAUCUUA